AUGUUCGCCAAGGCCAAGGAGAUCCUCGAUAGGGGCUCAUCCAUCCGCGAGGAAGUCAACCAAGGCAAUUUUAAUGGCGCCAAAGACGCCGUCAAAGGUCAAGGCUCCAAAGGAUCGACUGGCCAGGAGGGAGGCAAUGCCAACGAGAUGCUCGAUAAAGGCUCAUCCGUCCGCGAUGAAGCCAACCAAGGAAACUUUAAUAGCGCCAAAGAAAAUAUGACCCAGGGUCAAACAAAAGAAUCAACCGGCCAGGGAGGCAAGGCCAACGACAUGCUUGACAAAGGCUCAUCCGUUCGUGAUGAAGCCAACCAAGGAAACUUUAAUAGCGCCAAAGAAAAUAUGACCCAGGGUCAAACCAAACAAUCGACCGGCCAGGGAGGUAAGGCCAAUGAGAUGUUCGAAAGGGGCUCGUCCAUCCGCGAUGAAGCCAACCCCGGAAAUUUCAAUGGCGCCAAAGAUAUCACCCAAGGUCAGACUAGUAACGUAUCGACCGGACAGGGGGUUGUCGGCGGAGCAUCGGGCAACGCUGCUGGAAUGAACAAAGAAUACAUCAACAGCGAGAAUGUUCAGGAGACCGGAAUGCCAACCAGCAAAGGAGGUAUUGCCCAAGACUACACCGGCACCUCCUCCACUGGCGAAACUAUGCUGGAGCAACGAGCCAUCGGCAACGAGAGGCGAGGAACUGGCCAGGAACAGCAAGAAAGCAUCAUCGAAAACAACAAGAGUGGCUCUAAAAGGGACCGCAGAGGCAGUGUGGCGGCCGGAGAGCUUGAACCUAACUACGACAUCCGCAAGGGCCCAAUCACCAUGCCAGGUACUUUCCAAGAAAAGAACUAUCACAAUGAGACUGGCAAAGAAACUCUCGUUCAAAGAGGAACUAGCAGCAAAGGAAUCAUUGAUGGUGGAUCAUCCGCCGACAAGAAAAGCUCUCCUCAGGUUGUCUUCGCGGGCGGCAACAAGGCCGGCUCAAACAACAAGACUGGAACAUCCGGCCUUGGAGGCGACUUUGGCGAGGAAUACAUAGAAAAAGAGUUCCACGACUAUGAAAAAAUCAGCCCGGACAUCUUCAGCGAGGGAGCCGUUGGCAAAGACCUCCAAAAGAAAGCUGCUGGUCAAGAAGAAGUUGGAAAAUACCAUCUUGACAAAAAGCAACUUGACAAGCAGGGCUCCCACGCUACCGAGAGAGAAGGGGCAGCCGAAGCUGCUGCCGCCGCCGCUGCUGUCGGCGACGGCCAUGCCAGAGAACAAGAUCUAGCUUCCAAAAACCCGAGGAGGAAGGUUUCUUCCACCGUGGGAGAACAUGAUCGUGCAAGUGGACAUGGACUGGCCGCCUCAAACCAGACGAGCAAGGGGGGUUAUACUUAUGCCCAUGCGGCAGCUGGUGAAACCCUGAAGGCCAAGACCCCGACAAGCGCAGGGUAUGCUGCUGCCAGUGGAUCUGAUCAAACAAGUGGUCUACGUUCUACCACCACGAGCCAGACAAACAAUGCCUUCUACAAUACCAGCACCACUGGCUCAAACCAGGCGGGUAUCGCCAGUGGAGGAGUCCUGGGACUUCACCAAGAUGGCAAAGUUCAUCAAGGAAGCAUUACUGGCGGCGGAGGAAUUCAACACGGCAGUGCCUAUGGUGCUUCGAGCAAUGAUGGCUCCAAGAAUGGAACCAUCCACGCCGGCUCCGGUACCAAGAGCAGCGCCAAAAAUGAAGCUGCCUCGAAGCGCAUGGUCAGACAGCUGAGUAGCAGUAGCUACAAGCUCACUGUCCUCCAGGAGAAGGUCCAGGCUGUGUCCCAGAAGUGCAAGACUCAGCUGGGUCUGUCUUCCGGUGCGAUCAGCAAGCGCAGCUCUACCGUGGAUGAUUUCUACGAUGCUGUUGCAGCUGAACGUCUCCGCUGGAUGCCUCAUGAUGGCAGCAGACUCGACUGCAGCCUCAGAUGGGCGUCCAGACUGGCACAUGCAGUCGACGCUCUUCGGGAGUCCGUCGGAGCCUUUGCGCCUGCUGCCAACGAGGCCGCAACGCUCAUCUGGGGAUUCGCUAUCCUCCUCUUGGAGUCUGAUAUGGACGACACGGAUAUCUUCGAGAGCGUCUUUGGCCGAUAUGGCCGAGUUGCCGUCGGCAUCUACUUGCUUCUGCAGUAUGAGGUCGCGUACAAAUCCUCUCCUGAACUUCAGCCAGAGGUUGCUGCAGUCUUCGCAGAUUUGCUUGAGAUGGUCUCUAGCACGACUAUCAGCUGUGUCGAGGGAUUCAAGAGCAAAGAGUCCGAUCAAGUUAUUGGACGCAAUGUUGACGACGCUUUUGUGACCUAUGCCAAGCGCUUUUCUACCCACUGGAAUUGCAUUGUCGAUGCUCACACUGCGAAGCUCGUGGAGGCGAGCUCCCUGAUCUACUCCUCGCCUGAGCUGGGUAGUUUGCGUCAAUUCCUGGGAGUGCAGGACCGCCCUCUUCAGUUUAUCCUCGACUCUCGCGCUCACUCGCUUGCUGAUGGAUCGUUUGAGUGGUUCAACAACACGCUCUACGAUUUCUCUGUCUCAAGCUCCCCUGUGAUGCUCAUUUCCGGUGGUCCUGGCUCAGGAAAGAGUGCACUGGCCCAAUGGGCGAUCGAAAGGCUACAGGAGUCUGCUGAGCACGAUAGCUGGAAUGUUAUUCCAUACACCAUUCGUGCUGAUGUUCCUGUCGCUACUUUGCCUCUGCGCAUUCUGAAGGGUAUCCUUCACCAGAUGUUGGAUCACUCUGUCAGUGACAGGGUCACACAGGAGGCUAUCCUGGUUGAAGUCGCCAAGGCAGCCCAAGGAGCGAUCGAUGGUGCUGGAGAUGAGGUAUUUGAAGCCAGCCUUUGGAGAGGUAUUCGUGCUGGUCUUUCUACAAACAUUCAGUACAUGUUUGUGGUUGACGGCGUCGACCAGAUCAAGGGUGGCCAUGCGAAUGCCAUUGCUUGUCUUGAUCGCUUCUGUGAGAUUCUCUCCGAACAGAAUGCUGGAUCUAAGAUGAUCGCUUUCACCCGGCCCCUGAGCUCGAAGACCAGUUCCAAAGGCGUUCAGCAGUUUACCAUGCAGAGCUCCCAGACCAAGUCCGAUAUCACAGCAUAUGUCAACAAGAUGCUUGCAUCUGGUGCAAACUUUGAAACCAACAAGGGCAACCAGCUUCAAGCCGCUGUGUCUGCCAUUGUAGCCCGCUCCCAGGGCUCUUUCAGUUGGGCUGAGAUGGCAGUUGCAUACGCUAAACAGCAAAAGAGCUUGAGCCAGGCUGUUGCCUCCGUUCAGGCCCUGCCGCAGUCGAUGCCAGAACUUCUUGACAUCCACUUCAAGAGCCUUGACUUCAACCAACCGGGUACUAGUAAUGUUGUUUCCUGGCUCGCAGUAGCCGAGAGGCCCUUGCUAGUCGAAGAGAUUGAGCAUUUGUUGAAUGUGGACCCUAAGGGCCCCAGCUACUCUAAGCAGCCAAUUAGUAGCUAUGACAUCUUGAAUGCCCUGAGCCCGCUGAUCAUGACCCGUGAUGGCGUGGUAUCUUUCGCCCACACCUGCAUUCGUGACCACUUCAUCAAACAGGCCAAGUCGUCCAGUGGAAAGUCCCAGCUCAGUAUCAAGGAUUCGCACUACGACCUGCUCGCUAGGUGUCUUUCCUAUGUGCAGUUGAGCCUGCGUGAGGAGGUUGAUAUCUCCAUGGAUAAGCUGAGCAUCGAGGAGCGCAACAACUUGUUUGACAAGUAUGCCGUCUUGGAAUACACUGCACGCUACUGGCUGUCGCAUCUCCUCUCUUCGCCCUUGGUCACCGAUGAGGGAGAGUUCCAAUUCAAUUCAAGCUUCAAGAACCUGCUGCCUGGAAGCGUCCUCUUUGCACGCCUCGAGUUGACUUGCCGCGAGUCCCAGUUCACUCGAUCUAGUGUCGUGGAGCUCUAUAGACUUGCAAGCGACAUUCGCCGAUUGGUUCUCGGCGAGAAGUCCAAGGCCCUGUUGCAAAGCUUGGUCCUCAGCGCGCGCGUGUCCAAGAUGGCACAUGCCGGUCACGCCGAUGAGACCUGCUACGAAGCAUGGAAGCUUAGCCAGGAGCUUCUCGGCCAGUCACACUCGAUCACUCUGGAAUGCUCCGAGAUGAUGACAGAGUCAUUCUCGGAGCGAGGCACAAUGACCUCCCAGCAGGAAGAGAUCAUGAAGUACUUGAUCUUGACCGAUUCCGAGAUCACCGGGGUGGAGUUCAGCCAACGCCUCAGGUAUCUUGGAAUCAUCGUCAGCAUGUACAAGUCUCGCAAGGAAGAUCAAUCCGCAUUGCUCAUCUCGAAGCACUUCUAUCAGGAAGUUCUUCAGAAGUAUGGUACCAAUUCGCGCCAGUCAUCCCAGACUGCUGAAUUCUUGACCACCCACUUCCCGACAACUGGAAGCGACGAGAUGAGCCGCGAUAUUGCCAGAACUAAGUAUGACAAUAUGGUGCGCACCAUGGAGGUCACCGACGAGCGCCGAAUCUCCUACACUCUGUACAUGGCCAAGAUGUAUGAGGAGCAGGGUGAUACGUCUCACGCCCAGGCAGUUCUUUCAAGCCUGUGGGCUGGUCUCAACUCGCGCGAUAUCGACUCUGUUGAUAUGAUGGACAAGAAAUCCAAUGUCGCUCUUGUGUACUACCAGUUCCUCCGCCGUCAGGACCGAAGUGAUGAGUCUGAAGUCAUCAUCCGUGAACUGGUUGCAGAUCUCGAGGUUACUGGUAUUCACUCCGAGGAGAUGAUGCAGCGCGUGCACCUUCUCCGCGCUGAGACUCGGGAGAUGCUCAUGUUCAAUCUCGAUCGCUCCUUGUCGAUUCUCAUGUGGCGCUACUACAAGGAGAGCCACCAAGAGUACUCGGAGGAGGCAACCUCUCUGGCGCUCUCAAUUGCCCAGAGCAUGGCUAAUGGGGUCUCUAUCGAGAAUGCAUCAUCCCUGACUUCUGGAGAUCGCAAGCUGCUGGUUGAGCUGCUGGACGUUAUCUCAGCCAGUCCCGAAAACAUGACUGUCACUACCUUGAUCAUGUGCCACAACCUUGCUACUAUUUACGUGCGCGAGGAAGACUGGGUCCAAGCCAGCGAAUGCGCGAUGGCGGUUCUGCAGCAUAUAUGGCCCAGCGUGGAACAGGCCAAAUCCAAGCAGAAGUUCUCGCAUGAGCUGGCACCUCCCGCAGCAGAUCUGGCUUUGGUGUUGGCCUACUGCCACUUCCGCAGGCUGCAUCUGGAACAGGCUACAGUUGUGUAUGAGAAUGCCUUCCGUAGCUUGAUCUCUUCUGACGGAGUCCCUGUGGCGUCGGUGCUGGCUGUUGCCAAGGCUGUCGUCGAGUUCCACGAGACUACUUACCAGUUCACCAAGGCACUGAACUUGCUCCAUACCAUGAGCAACUUCCUGGUCUCUCGCCUCGGAGAGACCCACGAGCAUACUAUCGAUAACAUGUAUCUCGAGGCUGCUUUGGCCACUCGUCUGGAGAUGGCCGACGAGGCUAAGAGCAUUUACCAGCGCAUCUACAAGGCUACCUCUGAUGAGAACAAGAUUGCUCCAGAGGGAGUCGAAGCUGCAAUUGCCCUCAUCAACAUCUACGAGAAGGAGAUGCAGUGGGAUUCUGCGUUGCGUGUUUACAGAUCUCUCUGGCCUACCCUGGUUGUCGAAGACAACAAGGAAAAUACAUAUGAUCAUGCGCUCGUGGACCGGAUGCUGGAGAAGACUUACAUUGGCUACAUGGCUAUUCUGACUUCCCACAAGAGGUCCGACUUCUCCGAGCGGUACCAGGUUGCCUCCGAGUAUGUCAUGACCUGUCGCCACGUGCACGGCGCAACAAGCCAGAAGACGCUCAAUGCAACCUUGCUCUUUGCCGAGCUGUGUGAGUCGAGCGAUUCGUACGUUGACCAAGCCAUCUCGCUGUACAAGAUGCCUCUGGAAACCAGCGAGUGGGUGGCUCCAUCUCAGUCGUCGAAGGGUCUCGACCAGAUGACUACCCCGUUGCCUAUCACUCUCAAGCACAAGUUGGCACAGCUGUAUGUCCGCAAGCAUGCUUCGUCCGGAGAAGCCCGUUCUCUCUACACCGAAGAGUUCCAACUAGCCAAGAAGAACCAGGGCUACUUCUCCACCACGACUCUCUCCUGGCUCCGUGAACUUGCCCUCGCCCAUUCGCGGCAGAGAACUUCUUCUUCUGUUCAGCAGGGUUCCGCUAUCCUUCACACUUACUCUACCGACAUCUUGCAUGCCGGUGGUGACCCUGACACAAUCGGCGACUGGGCCCGCCGGAUCGCAAGUAUCUACCUUGAGUGCGGCUUCGUCUCAGGUGGCAACGAGCUCCUUGAUGAACUCCGCCACCGCGUGGUUUACGGCGAGUCUUCCAACAUCAAUCUGAGGGAUCGCCACGAUGCCAUCUUCGUCGCUGCUUUCGAGGAAGUCUUCGGCAAGCGUGCCACUUACGACCAGAUCAUGGCCGACAUGGCUCGUGAGAGGAAGACUUCCCAGGCCUUUGCCAAGAGCUUGUCUAGCCACGACUUCAUCCCCACUCUGAUCACUGGCCACCAGCUCUACAAUAUCCAGAUUGGCCAGAAGAGAGUUCGUGCUGCCAACGACACCAAGGACAAGUUGUACGACUACUUCUGCUCCAACCUGUCUGCCACCGGUGUUGCCGACAAGGCAAUUGUGCAGCAGUUCUACCAGAUUUGUCUGCGUGAGGUUCACAAUGAGGACUACAACAUCAACAUUCUGACAAACACUACCAACCUUGUUCGCGACCUGUGCAACUCUUCCCGCUUCCAGGAAUCUGCCAUUCUGACAGGCGUUUUGCACUCAUUCAUGCACAUCACCAAUGGCCUCGACAGCCACGAAAGCAUCAACACUGCUAUCCAGCUGUGCUUGUACCUGAGCGGCCACAAGGCAACCAAGUGCACCAACGAAAAGACCUACCACACCAUGUCCAUCAAGUCCAAGCUGUUCCUUCAGGAGAUCAUGACAGCUUCGAAGUCCCUCGGCAUCGAGAUGGUAGACCUGCCUUUCACCGACCUCAACAACAUCAUCACCCUCCUAGGAGAGUACGAGAUGUUCGACGAGCUCGAGGCCAUCCUGACCCAACUCUGGACCUCCCGCAUCGUCCAGCGCACCUGGACACCGGACGUGGUCGUAUGGAUCGGCCGACGACUCGUGGAGACCCGUUUCUGCAGCGGCAAGGUCGAUUCCGCUAUCCAGCUAUGCCGCGACAUCUGCUACAACCUGCGCCAGGUUUGGGGCAGCUGCGACCCGGUCACACUGGACAUGACCAAGCUUCUCUCUGCCUUGUUCACGGCAUCUGAGAACUACCAGUCCGCAGCAACUCUGCACGAAGGAAUCUUGUACGACCUGCUCGGCGACUCCGAGGCGGAGGGCCAUGCCCGUGCUGCUGAUACCGCAUCGCAGCAUAUGGAGUUGAUGCGUCGUGCGCAGUCACGUCUCGGAACAGGCCAGACGGCCAGACGGGCUUCGGCGCAUGCAGAGCUGUACCAGUCGUUGGUGGAUCGCUUCGGUGUGGAGACUGAGCAGAUGAAGAAUGCUGGUGAGGCCAAUGGUGGUGCGCAAUUCGGUAUUUGGUCGAAGCCUAGACGGUUCAGCAUUGAUGUUCACGAUAUGGAGGAUGGUCAGAUGCACCACAAUCAUAUUCGCGAGUCUAGCAGUGCUCCGAGACGUAUCUCGGUGCAAGCUCUCUAA